GGAUCCGGUGAUCAGGAAGUCAUGAUGAUGAACUUUGAAUUGGUUAUAGUCAUGGAUGUGUACUAUUAUGUGUGAUGUCCUUGCGAGGGCAUCACUCAUAGGUAUGCACAGGUAGAUAAAUAAGGAGGUAGGUAGCUGUCUGUUCGUCUUGCGUAGCAUAGCACAGAUGUACCACCCAGCGGCGAUUCUAUCUCCGGACUCAUCACAAACUACUAACUACACCUACCUACCUAAAUAACUUCUAUUUUGCCUAAAUUUUGCCUACCUUACCUAUUUACACUUAUGGAGUCUUUUUGAACUGACACUGAGCCCAUCAAAUCUUCUCGCCCGGGUCAAUUGCUUCAGGCGCAAGCGGUCGAAUCGUUUCCGUGCUUUCGGGGCCAUGCUACGCAACUCAAUUGUCUGACUGGAUCUGUCGCGGAGUUGACGUAUGUAUGGUGUUUCCACACACCUCAACCAAGCAACCUCUCUGUGUUUGCUUGUCUCAGCAAUACGUUACCAAUAUUCUUAAGCCCGCAUCAACACAAUGGCAACCGUUGAUAGGACACCCAGACUUGUCCAUUACACAGUUAUGUGCCGUGAGCAUGACGAAGCAUGAUGCUUCUUCAACUAAACAAUCCGACUUCUUUGUCAGCUUAUCCGGCACCCCCGGGCAUUGGUCCCUCACACCGAGUCCUGUCCGUCCUGGCUUCGGCGGCGGUGGCGGUCCCUGGAUUGCCAAACCAGCGAGCCGCCCAAGCCUAGGUAUUCUGCCGCUCCCCCAACAGGGAGGGACACAACAAGGCCCACUGGAUCUAGGUACUAACAAUCUGAUUAUCAAGACAUUGGGGUGUCGGUGUUGUUCCCGUCUUUCACACACGGAGCGUCGUCCGUUACACGAUGCCACUGCCGAUUCCGGAAAGUGUAACAAGCAUUCUCCUGUUGCUAAUCUUGGAGUAAAUAGAUCAGUAAGGCUCACUAAUAAAAGAUGACGCUCAGAUAGUGAACCCCCCAACUGAAUCUCGUAAUCCGGCGGCAAGCACGUAGAUCAAAAUCCGGCCUCGCGGCGCAACCGCG